AGCCCUCACGUCAGCCACUGAAUAUUAUAAGGUUUUAGAAGUGCUCAUAGUUCAUAUAUGAAAAAAAAUUUUUUGGUUGACUAUUAGUGUUAUUUAUGUAUGAAAAUGUUUAGUAACGCUGCGGCACCCGAACCUGAAAGUAAAUCCAGCCCUGAUGCCAGUACACCUACCCAGGCUGGGCCCAAAAAGGAAGAAGCUUGGGGUUAUGAUUUGUAUCCCGAGAGACGAGGAAGCUUUUCUCCUAAAAUAGGCAAUAUACUUGUUGGCAAAGAGGGAAAAGAAAAUGUGGAGAAAUUAAAAUGUGAACAAAAUGUUGUUGAGUGUGUUAAAACCAGUCCUAUCGUGAAACUUAUGAUGAGAGCUCUAAAAAGUUCUGGAUGCCCAAUAGAUAUUCGAAGACAUUUUUCAUGUGAAGUAUGUGAUUACUCUGUCAGUGGAGGCUAUGAUCCAGAGCUCAAUCAGAUUGUAGUAUGCCAGAACGUAAGCACGCGAAAGGGCAUGGUUCAAGGAGUCCUGGUCCAUGAGAUGAUCCACAUGUUUGACUACUGCCGGAACGAGCUUGACUUCAAGAACAUGGAACAUCUGGCUUGUUCAGAGAUCCGAGCGGCAAACCUGACGCAUUGCUCUUUCACUAGUGCUUGGUCUCAAGGUGAUGCUUCUUGGACUAAGAUUAAGAAGGCCCACCAGGAUUGCGUAAAAACGAAAGCUCUGUACUCGGUGUUGGCAGUGCGUCAAAUCGGUAAAGCUGAGGCAGUGGACAUAAUUGAAAAGGUAUUUCCCAAAUGCUAUGCAGACCUGGAACCUAUAGGCAGACGGAUACGCAGAAACUCUGAUGACAUGAUCAGAGUGCUUAGAGAUGCCUCUUACUAUGGGUAUGAUUGAUAUCUAUGUAGAUUAUAGCUAUAUAUCUAUUAAUGUAGUAAAGCCAUUUUAUUUAAAGUUGUACACACACUUUUUUCCGGAUGUUUUUAUGUUAUUUCUACUCUGAACCACAAGCUCAUUCGAUCCUAAUACUUAGGAAAAAAAUGUGUCCCAUACUUUUUGAUGUAUUUUUUAUGUAAAGUAAGUAUAU